AUGGACCCGGGCCCCGAGGACGCGGCAGGAGGGGGACCGCCCGCGCCCCGGCCCCGCCGCCGCCGCUCCCUGCGCCGCCUGUUCAGCCGCUUCCUGCUGGCGCUGGGCAGCCGCUCCCGCCCCGGGGACUCGCCGCCCCGGCCCCAGCCGGGACCCUGCGACGGCGACGGUGAGGGGGGCUUUGCCUGCGCCGCGGGCCGGGCCCCAGCGGCCCCCGGGAGCCCCGGGGAGGAGCGCCCGCCGGGACCGCACCCCCAGCUCCAGCUCCCUGCCGGCGAUGGGGCGCGGCCGCCGGGCGCCCAGGGCUUGAAGAACCACGGCAACACCUGUUUCAUGAACGCCGUGGUGCAGUGUCUCAGCAACACCGACCUGCUGGCCGAGUUCCUGGCGCUGGGGCGCUACCGGGCGGCGCCGGGCCGCGCCGAGGUCACCGAGCAGCUGGCGGCGCUGGUGCGCGCGCUCUGGACUCGCGAAUACACACCCCAACUUUCCGCGGAGUUCAAGAAUGCAGUUUCCAAGUAUGGCUCUCAGUUCCAAGGCAAUUCCCAGCACGACGCUCUGGAAUUCCUGCUCUGGUUGCUGGAUCGUGUACAUGAGGACCUGGAGGGUUCAUCCCGAGGGUCGGUGUCUGAGAAGCUUCCACCUGAAGCCAAUAAAACCUCUGAGAACUGCCUGUCACCAUCAGCUCAGCUUUCUCUAGGUCAAAGCUUUGUGCAAAGCCACUUUCAAGCACAAUAUAGGUCUUCCUUGACUUGUCCCCACUGCCUGAAGCAGAGCAACACCUUUGAUCCUUUCCUGUGUGUGUCCCUACCUAUCCCCUUGCGCCAGACGAGGUUCUUGAGUGUCACCUUGGUCUUCCCCUCUAAGAGCCAGCGGUUCCUGCGGGUUGGCCUGGCCGUGCCGAUCCUCAGCACAGUGGCAGCCCUGAGGAAGAUGGUUGCAGAGGAAGGCGGCAUCCCUGUAGAUGAGGUGAUCUUGGUUGAACUGUAUCCCAGUGGAUUCCAGCGGUCUUUCUUUGAUGAAGAGGAUCUGAAUACCAUUGCAGAGGGAGAUAAUGUGUAUGCCUUUCAAGUUCCUCCCUUACCCAGUCAGGGGACUCUCUCAGCUCAUCCACUGGGUCUGUCACUCUCCCCACGCUUGGCAGCCCGUGAGGGUCAGCGAUUCUGCCUCUCCCUCCACAGUGAGAGCAAGGUGCUAAUCCUCUUCUGUAACUUGGUGGGGUCAGGGCAGCAGGCUAGCAGGUUUGGGCCACCCUUCCUGAUAAGGGAAGACAGAGCUAUUUCCUGGGCCCAGCUCCAGCAGUCUAUCCUCAGCAAGGUCCGCCAUCUUAUGAAGAGUGAGGCCCCUGUACAGAACCUGGGGUCUCUGUUCUCCAUCCGUGUUGUGGGGCUUUCUGUGGCCUGCAGCUAUUUGUCCCCAAAGGACAGUCGGCCCCUCUGUCACUGGGCAAUUGACAGGGCUUUGCAUCUCAGGAGGCCAGGAGGCCCUCCACAUGUCAAGCUGGCGGUGGAGUGGGAUGGCUCUGUCAAGGAGCGCCUGUUCGGGAACCUCCAGGAGGAGCGGGCGCAGGAUGCCGACAGCGUGUGGCAGCAGCAGCAGGCACACCGGCAGCACAGCUGUACCUUGGAUGAAUGUUUUCAGUUCUACACCAAGGAGGAGCAGCUGGCCCAGGACGAUGCCUGGAAGUGUCCCCACUGCCAAGUCCUGCAGCAGGGGAUGGUGAAGCUGAGUUUGUGGACGCUGCCUGACAUCCUCAUCAUCCACCUGAAAAGGUUCUGCCAGGUCGGCGAGAGAAGAAACAAGCUCUCCACGCUGGUGAAGUUUCCGCUCUCUGGACUCAACAUGGCUCCCCACGUGGCCCAGAGAAGCACCAGCCCCGAGGCAGGGCUGGGCCCCUGGCCUUCCUGGAAGCAGCCGGGCUGCCUGCCCACCAGUUACCCACUGGACUUCCUGUACGACCUGUAUGCCGUCUGCAACCACCACGGCAACCUGCAAGGUGGGCAUUACACAGGUGAGCCUUGCCUUGCCUCUCUGCACAUGCAGCUGUGGCCACAGCCUCGAGAUGUCCCCAGAAUAGGUGCUGCUGGGAUGCUGAGCUCCCUGGGGCACUUAAUGAGACCUGCCCCCCACCUACCACAUACCAGGGCAUGUGCAGGAGCAGAGGGGAUCUUGCCCCAGGCUGGAGUUGGGUGUAGCCUACCUCUCUGUGCUUACUCCGCAGGCUCGACCAGCUCCUCCCUGUCUGAUCACUGGCUCCUGCGGCUCGGGAGCAACACUGGCAGCACGAGGGGAAGCCUGCUGUCCUGGAGCUCUGCCCCCUGCCCCUCCCUGCCCCAGGUUCCUGACCCUGCCAUCUUCACCAACAGCCUCUGCAACCAGGAAAAGGGAGGGUUGGAGUGCAGGCGGUUGGUGCGUGGCCUGAAAGGCAGAAGCAUUAGCAUGAAGGCGCCCACCACUUCCCGAGCCAAGCAGGGGCCCUUCAAGACCAUGCCCCUGCGGUGGUCCUUUGGAUCCAAGGAGAAGUCAUCGGGUGCCUCCGUUGAGUUAGUGGAGUACUUGGAAUCCAGACGAAGGCCUCGGUCCACCAGCCAGUCCAUUGUGUCGCUGUUGACGGGGACCGCGGUUGAGGACGAGAGGUCAGCAUCGCCGAGGUCAAACGUCGCCCUUCCUGCUAAAAGUGAAGAUGGUGGGCGAGCCGUCGAAAGAGGUCCAGGCGGGGUGGCCUGUCCCUCGGCUCAACCCAACCACUGUCUGGCCCCUGGAAACUUAGAUGGUCCAAACACAGCAAGGAAACCCAAGGAAAAUGCAGUGCAAGAUAUUAGGCUUCCCAGAAAGUUUGACCUGCCCCUCACUGUGAUGCCUUCAGUGGAGCAUGAGAAACCAGCCCGACCAGAGUGUCAGAAGGCCAUGAGCUGGAAGGAGAGCUUCCAGAUGGGAAGCAAGAGCAGCCCACCCUCCCCCUAUGUGGGGUUCUCUGGAAACAGCAAAGACAGCCGCAGAGGCACCCCUGAGAUAGACAGACCCCUGCAGGGGACACUCACCCUUCUGAGGUCUGUGUUUCGGAAGAAGGAGAACAGGAGGAAUGACAGGGCAGAGGUCUCCCCACAGGUGCCCCCCAUCUCCCUGGUGAGUGGCAGGCUGAGCCCUGCCAUGGAUGGGCGGGUUCCAGGCUCACCUCCUUCCUUCAGGAUCCCAGAGGGCCUGGCCAGGGGCCUGGGUGGCCGGCUGGAGAGAGAUGUCUGGUCAGCCCCCAGCUCUCUCCGCCUCCCUCGCAAAGUCAGUAGGACUCCGAGAGGCAGCGCGCUGGGCACGUCGCAAAGGACUGUUCCAGGGGAGCAGGCUUCUCAUGGCACCUUCCAGAGGGUCAAAUACCACACUCUUUCCUUAGGUCGAAAGAAAACCUUACCGGAGUCCAGCUUUUGAUGGAGCGUGUCAGUAUUGUGUGACGCUGGCGUUCGUGGGACUUUGCCGAGCAGUUGUAGGCAACUUGUGUUGAGAGUGGGUUUCCAGGAAGCCAGUUGUCUUAUAAUCCCUGAAAAAAAAAUUUUUUUUUUGGUCUCCAUAUCUAGACUUUCAACACCUAACUUCCACAUAACCCAAGGUCCAAAACCUUCCUGUAUGGUUGGAUGCUUUGCUACAGUCUGGCCACUAGAGGAUGCUAUUGGGUCAGUAUUUCCAGUUUCAGGGCAAGAACUGAUAUUUACUAAAGAGAUUUGGAUGUGGGCAAACUAGGUGAGCCUGGUUAAUAAGAAUCUUCAAUAUCAUGUCAAAUGUUGUCAUUGACUUCUUCUUUUUCUUUCUUUCUUUUUUUUUUAAAUUGUGGAUUUAGAGAAAAAUAUUUUAUUUUUAAUGCUUUUCUGGGAUAAGCAUUAAAGAUGCCAAAAAAGAAAAUAAAAAUGAGAACAGAAUGAUAGUGAUGGUCAGGCAAGAUUCUAGCAAAGAGAGAUGAGAGAGAAAUGACUGAGAUUUCAGGUGAAUAUUUAAUAUAUUAAAAGUUGUAUUAAAGUUUUUCAAGGCAUUUUAAAAAUGACUAUUUUGAUACUAGAAAAAAAAUGUUCAUUUUUAAAUUUAAAUAUGAAAUCUAUGUACCAUUUUAAUAAAAUCCCGUCCAUGGAACCUGCAUGUCUGUCUAAAUUAUUCAAGUAUGAUAAAUGACCUUGCUUCAUUCCUGCUGAGUAAACUUGCUUUGUUGCUGUUGCUAUCAGAAAGUAGUUUCUUGAGUUCUUUCUUUUCUUUUUUUUGAGGCAGAGUAAUUUUAGGUACUAUAAGUAUUAUGAAAUUUAACAGGAUCACAUGCAACUUGGUCAGGGAAAGCCAGUGUGGGCAUUCGGCUACUUGCUGAGGUCAGUCAACUAAGCACUCAGAAUACUGAAAUAUCCUAAGAAAGAGGCCAGUUUCCACUGGGCCUGCCAAGAUGCAAACUUGGGUUAGGAAUCCGUUUAUCACCUGGCCACCAUAAGCUCCUGUUCAGACUGAAAAAGCCCAGUGGUGCUCUGGCUUCCUGGGGCUUAGUGUCAGCCCAGGCAAAUGGCUGCAGUUUCUUUUGGGAAUGGCUGGGAGAAACUUUAUGGGGCAGAUGUGGGGUCAUAGAAGGAUUCUUCCUCAAUAGUACCCAACCAUCCUGUCAUUUAAGAGAGUCUGGAUUCUACAUGGAUGAGUUCUU